AUGGUCAAACGGGAAGUUGCUAAUCAAUUACAGAAAGCUACGCACCAAAAUCCUGAAACUGAUAAUAAAAACAACGCUCACGACAAAGAUAACCAGACAAAAGAAAAACCAAAAGUUGAAAACAGCAGAAAAGAAAAACCUUCAAGCAAUUCUGAUGACACCAAGAAAAAUAAAGAGGAACCUUCAAACAAAUCAAAACCAAAAAGGAACACUGAGAAAAAUGACAAAAAAGACAAGAACAGUCCAGCUGUAAAAUCAAGCGAAUCAAAUGCAAAUAAUAGUGAUAAACCUAAAAAUAAAAAUACUUCCAGUAAUUCAAACCCCGAAACGAAGAGCAACAAACCUGCACAUAAGUCCCCUGCAAGUAGUAAUGAAGACAAAGAAAAACCUUCGGAAUCAAAUGGUCCAUCAAAUAAUAAUAACACCUCAGUUGAUGUACACGCUGGCACGAUCUACGGAAACACAGUGGGCAAGGAUCAUAUUACAAAUGUAUUUGUUUUCUAUAAUGGCAAUGGUACUGGAAAUGAAGGUGCAAGUAAUAAUAAACCCGCAAACGAUAAUUCAAACGGUAAUGAAAAUAGAAAAGCAGAUAAUUCUAAAGAAGAGAAACCAUCUAGUGAAGAAUCUAAUAAAAAAGACAACGAUUCUAAUGAAAAAAUGAAGCCAAAAUCAAAAUCUUUACCUACUGAUGACAAUAAAAAUUCACCAGAUGAAAAUUCUACAGAAUCUAAUGAAAAACCAAAUAAAAAAGACAAAGCAGAAAAACCUGAAUCGAAUACUGAACCAAUUAAAGAAAAAGAGCCUAAAAGUGACAAGUCAGAAGCUGAUAGGAAAAAACCUGAAGCACGGAAAGAAAAGCCGAAAGAAUCUUCAGAAUCUAAGAAAGCUGCGGUACCUAAAAAAUCUAAACCAACGGAAGAAAAGAAGCAUUCGAAACCUGAAGAAUCAAAAUCUGCUAAUGGAAAAAAACCAUCAAGACCUAAAGAAUCAAAACCGUCGACAGAAAAGAAACCAUCCAAAUCUAAAGAAUUGAAACCCGUUAUAGAAAAGAAACCUUCAAAAUAUAAAGAAUCAAAACCAGUAAGAAACCUUCAAAAUCUGAAGACGAAAAGAAAUCUCCAUAACCUAAAGAAUCUAAAAUACCUAAAGAAACCAGCAAGCAAAAGAGCAGAAUCGUCUCCCGAACCUCAAAAGUGA